AAUAAUACAAUUUAGCAACGAGAGUGACAGAAAAUCUUGGACAUCUAUCAAUGAGAGAGCUAGAGCAGCUAUUCCUUUGGAACUCUAUAGAAAGAAAAUGCAUAUACCUCAUCCAACAAAGAAACACCUUAGCUUCUCUCCUCCAAAUCCACGCUUUUAUGCUCAGAAACGCACUUGAGACCAAUGUUAAUCUCCUCACAAAAUUCAUCACAACCUGCGCGUCCCUUGCUGGCAUCCACCAUGCUCGUCGUGUGUUCGAUCAUCGUCCCCACAGAGACGACUCGUUCCUUUGUAACUCCAUGAUCAAAUGCCAUGUGGGUAUGCGCCAGUUCGUUGAUUCAUUCACUCUUUAUAGAGAUCUUAGGAGAAACACGGGUUUUGUUCCCGAUAGCUACACGUUCACGACGUUGGGCAAGUCUUGUGGUUUGAGUUUGGCAAUUUUGGAAGGCCAAGGGUUACAUGGCCAUGUUGUGAAAAUUGGGUUUUGCUUAGAUUUGCACGUAUCAACUGCAUUGGUCGAUAUGUAUGCUAAGUUUGGGAAGAUGGGUUAUGCAAGAAUGUUGUUUGAUGAAAUGUCGCAAAGAAGUGAAGUGUCGUGGACUGCUCUUAUUUGUGGAUACGUGAGGUCUGGUGAUAUGAGUAAUGCAAGGUUGCUUUUUGAUAGGAUGCCUUAUAAGGACUCAGCAGCGUUUAAUGCAAUGAUUGAUGGUUAUGUCAAAUUGGGAGAUACGGGCUCAGCUCGAAGUUUGUUUGAUGAGAUGCCAUAUAGGAAUGUGGUGUCUUGGACUACUAUGAUUUAUGGAUAUUGCCACAGUGGUGAUGUUGAAUCUGCUAGGUUGCUUUUUGACACCAUGCCGGAGAAGAACCUAUUUUCAUGGAAUGCAAUGAUGGGUGGAUAUUGCCAAAACAAACAACCAUAUGAAGCAUUGAGAUUAUUUCAGGAAAUGCAAUCAACCACAUCAUUGGAACCGGAUGAAGUAACAAUCGUAUGCAUUCUUCCGGCUAUCGCUGAUCUGGGUGCUCUGGAUUUAGGUGGCUGGGUUCACCGGUUUAUCCGGAGGAAGAAGCUUGAUAGAGCAACUAAUGUAUGCACCGCGCUUGUUGAUAUGUAUGCAAAAUGUGGCGAAGUUACCAAAGCCAGAAGACUUUUUGACGAGAUGCCUGAAAAAGAAACAGCUUCAUGGAAUGCUCUGAUACAUGGAUUUGCAGUCAAUGGCUGCGCCAGGGAAGCAUUGGAUAUAUUCUCAAAGAUGCAACAUGAAAGAUAUAAACCAAAUGACAUAACCAUGCUUGGUGUUUUGUCUGCUUGUAACCAUAGUGGUCUGGUGGAGGAAGGGAAGAAAUGGUUUAAAGCGAUGGAGGAAUUUAGGCUUAUCCCAAAGAUUGAGCAUUAUGGUUGUAUGGUAGAUCUUCUGGGGAGGGCUGGAUGCUUGGAGGAAGCUGAGCAGUUGAUUGAGAGAAUGCCUUUCAAGGCUAAUGGAACAAUCUUGAGUUCUUUUCUAUUUGCAUGUGGAUGCUCUAAGGAUACUGUGAGGGCCGAGCGAGUACUAAACAAGGCAGUCAAAAUGGAGCCACACAAUGAUGGAAACUAUGUCAUGUUAAGAAAUUUGUAUGCAACGGAGGAAAGGUGGAGAGAUGUAGAGGAAAUUAAGGGGUUGAUGAGAAAGAAUGGAGCAAAUAAAGAGGUAGCGUGUAGCGUUAUUGAGGUUGAUGGUAGAGUCAGGGAGUUUCUGGCUGGAGAGAGGCUGAAUCCACAUUUGGAGGCUAUAAAUUUAACACUGGAUCAGUUGAAGAAGCACAUGAAAGGACAAAUUAUUAAAAUUACAGGGGGAGGGUUGAAUUGAUUCUGAGGCUGGCUUGGGCAAAGCACAAGCUAAUACAAGUUUUCAUCACAUAAAAUUCCAUGAAUCUUGGUUUCUUCAAGAAAAUUUUCAGAAAUAUCUGUACAUAGAUCAAAAAACAACAGAGUAUGAAGAUGCCAUGCCUAUGAUUUUAUUUAAGGGCCAUAGCACAAGUGUCUCAGAUGAAUGAAUUAUUAUCUCUUGAUAUUAAGAGUUGUAUAGAACUUUCUAUUUAUUUUAUUUUCCUUUUCUUUUUCUCUUCUUUUUCCAUUUGAUCCUAUAUUGAGGAUCCAUAUCUGACCCUAAAAUUUUGGAAUAAAGUUUGUUAUUGUUUUUUC